UUUCCAAUUACACGGGCACUGCUCAGUUCCUGCGAUACAACGUCGGUGGCGUCUCUUCGUCUUUGACCCCGACGACGAAAGGAACCAGCCAUGAACACUUCGCGGUCACUGAGAAGAUCCCCGUGAAGGUCAUGAAAGCCGCAGACAUCCUGGGCGCCUACUUGGCCAAGGGAAACCGUGUGUACAAGCUGAAGACCGACAUGCAAGGGUCGGACAUGACAGCGCUGGAGAACCUCCGGCCAAUACUUUCAAAGCCAGAUCAGGUGACUCACCUCAAGUCCGAGUGCUUCAUCCCGAAUGCACAGGGGAAACAGAAUUAUCAAAUUGACAACAGCUGUGCCUCGAUGAAAGCGUACGUUGAGAGCCUUGGCUACACGGCCAAAAUGCUGCCUACACCAGGCGGCCAAGGCGAUGUGUAUGCCUUCAAGGCUCCGGCAACGGACUACUUGGACUUGCAGGAAUGGGAGGGCCCGGAGAUCUCCUAG